AAUUAUAACCCCCUAGUUGACAUUUGCACAUUCUAUAAUUCAUCAUGUAAAAAAAAAGUCAACUCAGCAGUCAAUUAAAUCCAUUUAUUUAUUCCAUGUCAAUUACACAAAGACACCGCCCUCAGCAGAGGACUCGUGUGCGCAUGCGCGUUGCCCUGAGCUUUCUCCUUGUCCCACCGCAGCUGCCUUGUCAAACUCUGCAGUCGACGCACAUCGCCAGCACUUAAAGAAAGAGAACAAAACUACUCCUUGCGCUGUGCUCCUCUGAAGAGGCAAUGGUGGGGAAAGCAAAGGGCCGUGCAACGCAGCAGGACAAGGCAGGGAACAGAGACCAAUGUUUCACGUGUCACCACGCAUCUAAAGGACACGACACAAUGGCCGUUCCGCCUGCAUACGCAGACUUGGGGAAGUCUGCCAAAGACAUCUUCAACAAGGGCUAUGGUUAUGGAAUUUUUAAACUGGAUGUGAAGACCAAGUCCAAGAAUGGUGUUGAGUUUGCCACCUCUGGCUCCAGCAACACCGACACGGGCAAGUCGGGCGGCCACCUGGAGGCCAAGUACAAAGUCGACAAGCUGGGCCUCAGCUUCAAUCAGAAAUGGAACACGGAUAACACUCUGGCCACAGAAAUCACAGUCGAGGACCAGCUGGCAAAGGGCUUGAAGCUUGGGCUGGACACCUCGUUUGUACCCAGCACAGGCAAAAAGAGCGCCAAGCUGAACACUGCUUACAAGCGUGACUUUGUCAACGUGGGCUGCGACCUGGUGUUCGACAUGGGCGGCCCCACCGUCCACAGUGCCACCGUACUGGGCUACAAGGGCUGGCUGGCGGGCUACCAGGUGGCAUUCGAUACCGCCAAAUCCAGGCUUACCAUGAACAACUUCUCUCUGGGAUACAAGGCCCGCGACUUUCAGCUACACACCAGCGUCAACGAUGGCACAGAAUUUACGGGCUCUAUUUACCAAAAGGUGAACAGCAAAGCGGAGACUGCGGUCCACCUGGCCUGGACGGCUGGAAGCAACAACACACACUUCAGCGUGGGAGCCAAAUAUCAGCUGGAUAAGAAUGCCUCUCUUUCUGCCAAAGUCAACAACUCCUGUCUUGUUGGAGUCGGAUACACGCAAACCCUCAGGCCAGGAAUCAAGCUAACACUCUCGACACUGAUCGACGGGAAGAAUAUCAACGGUGGCGGACACAAGAUGGGCCUUGGUUUCGAGGUGGAUGUGUAAAGAUACCGGGAAGAAGAAAUGUCAUCGCGGAACAAGGAUAAAGAAGAAAAUGAAAGAGGCCAAUUAUGAAGCCGCCUCCAAGGUCCAACCAGCAACACGAAAUAACAUCAUUACACACACAAAUAAACUCAGUCUAAGGGCUUGUUUCAUUGCAAUAUCGUUAAACCAGAUUGAUAGUUCAGCAACAUACUGUUCAGGUUGUGCUGCUGGAAUACAACGGAGCAAGGGAGUUGUGUUGCACAUCAUUGUCCAAUAAUAUCGGGCAAAUGACACAUUUUCAAAUGUAUUUUUGUGAAUUCAAAGCUAUCAUGUCAUUUCCAGCCAAAAGAUACCCAUCUUCAACUCACACUGUGCCCAGUGUAUUAACUUAUAUGUUUUAUUUGUACAUAAAUAGGAUUUAAUGCUCCUUAUUUCAACUCAAACUUUUGCCACACUCUAAUUGCAAACAGUGAAUUUUGCAUUUUAAUCUGAAUGCAUGGCUAUUGAAUUCCAUGUUUUUAAGCAAAGAGGGAACCUUUUCAUAUUUUCUUUUUUUUUUUUUUUGGUCACUUCGCCAAAUAUCUGACGAUCAUAAAAAAGUGCAAUAAAAGAUGUAUUGUCCAAGUGAG